CGGCCACAACAGGCCUCGCCUCCUCCUUGUGGGGGCCCCGGCGGUCCCGGCGGCGGUCCUGGCGACGCGCUGGGUGCAUCGGCGGCAGGUGUGGGUGCGGCGGGCGUGGUGGUUGGCGUGAGCGGCACGGUGGGCGUGGGCAGCUGCUGCUCAGGACCCGGCCACAGCAAACGGCGGCGUCAAGCCCCCGGGGUUGGCGCGGUUGGCGGUGGCAGUCCGGAGCGUGAAGAGGUCGGCGCAGGUUACAACAGUGAGGACGAGUAUGAAGCUGCUGCAGCACGUAUCGAGGCCAUGGACCCUGCCACUGUCGAGCAGCAAGAGCACUGGUUUGAAAAGGCCCUGCGAGACAAGAAGGGCUUCAUCAUCAAGCAGAUGAAGGAGGACGGCGCCUGUCUCUUCCGGGCUGUAGCUGACCAGGUGUAUGGAGACCAGGACAUGCACGAAGUUGUACGAAAGCACUGCAUGGACUAUCUGAUGAAGAAUGCCGACUACUUCUCAAACUAUGUCACAGAGGACUUCACCACCUACAUUAACCGGAAACGGAAAAACAACUGCCAUGGCAACCACAUUGAGAUGCAGGCCAUGGCAGAGAUGUACAACAGGCCUGUGGAGGUGUACCAGUACAGCACAGAACCCAUCAACACAUUCCAUGGGAUCCAUCAAAAUGAGGAUGAACCCAUCCGCGUCAGCUACCAUCGGAAUAUCCACUACAAUUCAGUGGUGAAUCCCAACAAGGCCACCAUUGGUGUGGGGCUAGGCCUGCCAUCAUUCAAACCGGGGUUUGCAGAGCAGUCCCUGAUGAAGAAUGCCAUAAAAACAUCAGAGGAGUCAUGGAUUGAACAGCAGAUGCUGGAAGACAAGAAGAGGGCCACAGACUGGGAGGCCACAAAUGAGGCCAUUGAGGAGCAGGUGGCUCGGGAAUCCUACCUGCAGUGGCUGCGGGAUCAGGAAAAACAGGCCCGCCAGGUCCGCGGCACCAGCCAGCCCCGGAAAGCCAGCGCCACGUGCAGUUCCGCCACAGCAGCUGCCUCUAGUGGCCUGGAGGAGUGGACUAGCCGGUCCCCACGGCAGCGGAGUUCAGCCUCAUCACCCGAGCACCCUGAGCUGCAUGCCGAGCUGGGCAUCACGCCCCCUUCCCCAGGCACUGUCUUAGCUCUUGCCAAACCUCCUUCGCCCAGUGCACCAGGUACAAGCAGCCAGCUCUCGACCGGGGCCGACCAGGCGACUUCCCCCCUUGUGUCCCUCUACCCUGCUCUGGAGUGCCGGGCCCUCAUUCAGCAGAUGUCCCCGUCCGCCUUUGGUCUGAAUGACUGGGAUGAUGAUGAGAUCCUAGCAUCGGUGCUGGCAGUGUCCCAACAGGAAUACCUAGACAGUAUGAAGAAAAACAAAGUGCACAGAGAUCCACCCCCAGACAAGAGUUGAUGGAGACCCAGAGACUGGAGACCAUCUCCCAACCCCUACCACUCCUGCCCUCCAGUGCCACCCCACCUUCUUUGGCUUUCUUCCCUCUUGCCUUCUUCCUCCUUCCCUCUCUCCCUUCCUUAUUCUCCUCCCUACUUCCCUCUUGCUGGCCCAUCCCUGUGCCCCGUCUCAUCGCUGCCACCACCACCAAUUGUCUCUUCGCCAGCUGACGUGCCCUGUUGCCCCUUGCACAGCACCAUCCCUGCAUUCCACAGGGGACUUGGGCAAAGGUGCCGAAGGUAGGCGAGAGGCACACAGAGACAAACCAACUGGCAGCCAGGCAACCCCUGAGGAGAGACAUUCAGACAGAGGAAAGCGUCCCUGAUCCCCAUUCCUUCCAAGAUCAGAAAAACUUGUCACCCCACCUCCACAACAAUGCCAGGGAGGUGGGAGAGGAAGAAAUGGGGAAUUCCCUUUCCCAGUACCCCAAGAAUCUCUGAGCCUUCAAUGUUGGAUUUUUUCUUUAUUAAAAUGUACUUUUAUCUUAUAAAGUCAACCAUUCAAAAACGACAGACAACAGCAUUGGCUCUAUGAAGGUGGCAUCUCUCUGGUUUGGGGGCAGGCAGGCCAUGGGGCACGGAGAGGGCACAAAGAUGCCGUUGCUGUCUCUGGCCUCCAGCUCUGUGGAGGUGGGCAGGGCCUAGAAUAUGAGCCAGGGCCAGGGAGGGGGGCCGGGGGGGGCAAGUGUCAUGUGGGCUUUGGACAAUGAGACCCUGACCUCGCUGCAUUCCUUUUGCUUCCACCGCCACUACCACCACCACCACCACCACCAGUUUCUUUGGAAUCUUGGGGUGGGGGGCACUUUUGAGGAUCAUGACCGCCACCCAGGAUUUGAGUGUGGGGAGUGGGAGCAGCCUUGGCAGAUGGGGCACCCGUGUCCUGCAGGUGUUGACAAGAUCCGCCAUCUGUGAUGUCCUUGGCACAAUAAAACCAAAUAUCAGUUUC